AUGGCUGCCUCAACCACUCUGGAAACCCGCUUGUUCAUCAAUGGAAGGUAUGUCGACGCCAAUUCCACAACUCGCCUCACCUGUCACAGCACCGUGAACGAUGAAGAGAUCGCCUCCGUUCAUGUCGCCAAUAUUACCGAUGUGGAUGCCGCUGUGGACGCCGCUCAAGCAGCGUUCCCUGCUUGGUCACGACUGGACCCAGGCGAACGCGCUAAAGUGCUGCUCCGCUUUGCAGACCUGCUCGAGGAGCACGUUUCUGAAAUCGCGUAUCUUGAGGCUUUGUGCAAUGUCAAGCCCGUGCGUCUCUUUCGCGAAUACGAACUGCCCCAGGCGGUUGAGAUCUUCCGAUACUAUGCUGGGUGGUGUGGAAAACUCAGUGGAGAAUCCUUUCCCGUGAGCAAAGGCUUUCUGAAGAUUGUGCAACGAGAGCCGCUUGGGGUUUGCGCGGGCGUCACGGCAUUCAAUGCGCCGAUCAUGGGAAUGGCGAUGAAGGCGGCUCCAAGUCUCGCAGCUGAAAACACAAUUAUUCUCAAGGCGAGCGAGAAGUCUCCACUAUCCACCCUGUAUCUUGGGAAGCUUGCCACCGCCGCUGGAGUCCCAUCAGGCGUGAUGAAUCUCCUCUCCGGCGAUGGUGUUACCGGAAGCCUGCUAGCAUCCCACAUGGGUAUCAACAAGAUCUCCUUCACCGGCAGCGUGGGCACAGGACGCAAGAUUGCCCAGGCAGCCCCACAGAGCAAUUUUAAGCGAGUCUCCCUUGAGAUGGGUGGCAAGAGUCCCAGCAUUAUCUUUCCAGACGCUGAUCUAGACGAGGCAGUCAGUUGGUGUGUCAGAGGCAUUCUUGUCCUGGCGGGACAGGUCUGCUUUGCCAGCUCUCGUGUAUACGUGCACGAAUCAAUCAGGGAGGAUGUGAUCUCCCGGAUGAAGGCCGCUUUUGCGGAAAUCUCCGCUGUUGCGGGGAAUCCUCUUGACGACGCGACUGAGUACCCCCCUUUGGUGGACCAGGCGCACUACCAGCGAGUAGCGAGCAUGAUUGAGCAAGGCAAGGCGGAAGCCACCUUAGUUGCUGGUGGAAAUCGCCUGUUCAGCAAGGGUAACUGGAUGCAGCCUAGUAUCUUUGUGGACCCAAGUCCCAACGCAGCCAUCAAUGACGAAGAGGUCUUCGGUCCUGUGGUGGUGAUCUCCGGGUUCAUGGAGGAAAAGGAGGUCGUGGCUCUCGCUAACGAUACUCCAUUUGGAUUAUCUGGCGCGGUGUUUACGCAGAAUCUGCAGCGUGGAUUGCGGGUGGCGGGUGCCAUUACUAGUGGAACGGUGUGCAUUAAUUGCUGUGCCAUGUUGGAUACGCAGGUGCCAUUUCGUGGUUGGGGUCAUAGUGGAGUGGGAUCGGAGCUGGGCAAGGAGGGAUUGCUGGAAUACACACAGACGAAGACGGUGUUUGUGAGGUAG